AUGAGCACCAAGCUCGACUACAACGACUGCACCGUCGCGUGGCUUGGAGUCCUCCCCAUUGAAGCCGAAGCAGCCCUCGGAGUGCUCGACAAACGACAUGAGGGCCAUUUUGAGUCUGAAAGAGGCGAUGACUAUAUCUACAUCGGUGAGUACGGGGUUGGCUCGGCAGCUGCACUCGAGAGCCAAGUAAAGGCUCGGUUUCCUCGAAUAUGGUUCGCUCUGUUGGUGGGAGUUGCUGCUGGCUUGCCAAAUUUAUCCCCGAGCGACCCUGCGAAGUACCGUGAUAUUCGGCUUGGUGAUGUGAUUGUCGGUGUCCCGGAUGGAACGGGUGGUGGCAUUGUCCACUAUGACCUAGGCAAGGCUACAGACGAGGGAUUCUUCCCAACCAACCGCCUGGCUGAAACACCAGCUAUUGUCAGAGCUGCAAUCGGACACAUUCAGCUACCCAGAAGAGACCUUUCAAGGCUGGAAAUCAACUAG